CCCCGCCCGCCCCGCCCCCCACACACACACACACAAGUAUAAUAUCACAAAAUCACACCGAGCUAAGAAAUGGCCGUUCAGGAACCUCUAAAUGACGGUUUCUCCGGCCAAGCUCCCAAAGUCAUAGAAGAUUUUGAUCCUCCACAGAAACCAAAAAGAAACAAGUAUGCCUUGGCUUGCUCCUUCCUUGCAUCUAUGACUUCUAUCUUGCUCGGUUAUGGUACGUUACAUUAGACUAGAGAAUUUCUUUUUGCCCGAUUCCAAAAUUACUUGGUAGUCAUUAACAAAUACUUAUACAUAAAUUGUAAUUAAGUUUUUUUGUUCAUGCAGAUAUUGGAGUAAUGAGCGGAGCCAUAAUAUUUAUUAAACCACAGUUCGGCAUAAGUGAGGUCCAAGUUGAAAUACUUGUUGGCAUCCUUAACCUGUAUUCACUUCUGGGAUCCGCCGCCGCUGGCCGGACAUCGGAUUGGAUAGGCCGCCGGCUGACCAUAGUCUUUGCGUCCACCAUCUUCUUCGCCGGCGCACUCCUGAUGGGCUUCGCCACCAACUACGCAUUCCUAAUGGUGGGAAGGUUCGUCGCCGGCAUCGGAGUUGGGUAUGCCCUCAUGAUAGCUCCGGUCUAUACCGCCGAGGUGUCUCCGGCAUCAUCUCGUGGAUUCCUCACUUCUUUCCCUGAAGUCUUCAUCAACUUCGGUAUACUGCUGGGAUAUUGCUCAAAUUAUGGAUUUUCCAAGCUGCCAGCUCACUUGGGGUGGCGUUUUAUGCUCGGAAUCGGAGCCAUUCCGUCGGUUUUCCUGGCCCUCGGAGUUCUGGCCAUGCCGGAAUCCCCCCGUUGGCUAGUCAUGCAGGGUCGACUCGGCGACGCCAAGCAUGUUCUCGACAAGACUUCCGAUUCACUCGAGGAAUCCCGGCUGAGAUUAGCCGACAUUAAGGAAGCCGCCGGAAUCCCGGAAGAUUGCAACGACGAGAUCGUCACCGUCUCGAAGAAACACCACGGCGAGGGGGUCUGGCGAGACUUGCUGAUCCGGCCGACCCGACCCGUACUCCACAUCUUAAUCACGGCGAUAGGGAUCCACUUCUUCCAGCAAGCCAGCGGGAUCGACGCCGUCGUUUUGUACAGCCCGAGGAUCUUCUCCAAGGCCGGAAUCACCAGCCACGACCAGCAGAUCCUCGCAUCCAUGGCCGUCGGAUUGGUCAAAACCGUGUUCAUCCUGGUCGCCACCUUCUUCCUCGAUAAAAUCGGCCGCCGGAAACUCCUCCUCUCCAGCGUCGCCGGGAUGAUUGCGUCGUUGGUGCUUCUGGGCACGGCUCUAACAAUCAUAGAUCAGCAUCCAGACCACAAGAUCAAGUGGGCCAUCGUGUGGUCCAUACUGAUGGUGCUGGCCUACGUGGCGUUUUUCUCCAUCGGGAUGGGGCCCAUCACCUGGGUCUACAGCUCGGAGAUAUUUCCGUUGAGGCUCCGGGCACAGGGAUGCAGUAUGGGGGUGGCCACGAACCGGGUCGUCAGCGGGGUGGUGUCAAUGACGUUUAUAUCCCUCUACAACGGCAUCACCAUCGGCGGGGCUUUCUUCUUGUACGCCGGAAUUGCGACGGUGGCGUUCGUGUUCUUCUUCACGCUGAUGCCGGAAACUCGGGGUAGGACACUGGAGAAUAUGGAGCAAUUGUUCGGGACUUUCUUCGACUGGAGGACCAGGUUGAGGGAAUUGGAGAAGGACCAGGCGUUGAAAAGUCAAACCGAACUGCAACCACAACCAAGACUUGAAAAUCAACAUUAGUUAGCUACUAGUUUACUUAGGUUUUAUUACUACCACAAUAAUAAUUAAAACGACCAAAAAAAAAAAAAAAAGAAAAGAAAAAAAGAGGAAGAAAUGGUAUAAUGCUAGUAGUACUUAAUUUGGUUGCUGCUGCUAGCAUUAUCCAAGAAUCAUCUAAAAUGUGUCAAUAUUUCGAUUGCAACGCUAUGAAUCACUAAGUCAUGGAGUGGCUUUGAAUUUCAAUCAUGCAUCAAGCCAAUGAAGUCAUAUAAUCCAUAAUGAAAUCAGUUCAAAUUUAUAUCGUAUAAUUAGGUCGGGAGGAAGGAUUGGGUAUUUUGGAAGAUCGUUACGUGAUUGUCGAUGGAUUGAACACAUGAAAAAGGUGUAGGCAAAAUUGCAAUUUGUAUGUUACAAAACAUUCCUAACUAAUUUGAUGUGCUUUACGUCAGAAUCUGAGUGUUAGUUUAGGACUAAAACCAUGUUCAAAACAUGACACUAAAACCUUCAAAACGUAACGUACCAUGCUAGGCAGUUGUGCUUAAAUACUUAUACACACACAGUACAUGCCAAUGACCUUCGCAAUAUUGGAAUUUGUAAGGAGUAGAAGCAGCAAAUGUUAACCAAGCAAAGUCAGAAAGAACUUUGGAAAAGUGUAAGAACCCGUUUAUUUAUCUUUUUUUGAAUAAUGAAAAUCCC